UUAGGCCUGCAAAUAUCAUGUUUGUAACACUAUCAAGAUCACAGAUCUACGUAUAUUCUUCAUGUAUACAACAAACUCUUUAAACAUACAGGAUAUAGUGCAGCUUUAUGCUUGAUUGCUCUCUCUAAUUGGUCAGCCAUUCGUACAUCACAUCCAUGGCGGAGAAACAGGAAGAAGAGGACGUUCCGAUCUCUUCACAAGGCUUGACAUGUCCAAUGUGUCUUGGUAUAUUCGACGAUGCAACCCUCUUGACCUCUUGCGGACAUACCUUCUGUCGAACCUGUCUCAGGAAAUACGACCUAUCCCACCAGGAUCUUGAUCACAUGGUAUGCCCUCUCUGCAGGACAGUGACGAAGUUGUCCGCUAACCGGGUCGACGAUCUCCUCCCCAAUGUGACGGUCAAUGGACUCGUGGACGACCACCGUGCCAGGUCUGGAGGGGGCAGUGCCAUCCUGGAGAUGCGGCAAAAGUGCACUGUCUGCAACCUUCAGGUAGAGGCCAUCGCUUUCUGCAGUACAUGCGAUGCAUACAUGUGUGAUCAAUGCUGCGUUGGCCACAAACAACUGAAGCUGUUCUUCGACGGUCAUGAGAUCGUAUCUAUCCAUGAUAUCGUUGAGGGAAAUUUCAAACCUGGUAGCUGCUCCGAGAAAUGUUCCGCCCACAGACAAGAGAACAAACAUAUUUUCUGUCAGGAUUGUAAGAUACGCGUCUGUUUCAAGUGUGUCAUCAUCGAUCAUCGAGAUCAUAAGAUACAAUCACAUCAGGACUUCGAAAAGGAAAUACAGGUUAAGGUGAGCGAUCUUCUCCAUCGUUGUAAAGCAAAGAAAUCAGAACUGGAGAAGAACAUUCAGACUGUGGAGACACAUCGUCAUGAAGCACACAGUGCUCUUCAGCUACUACGUGAAGAUGUCGGCCAAGCAUGUCAUACGAAGGUUAAGCAACUAGAAGACAACCGAUGUGCACUCGUUGAGAAGAUCAAUGCUCUGGAGCGUGGUUUCGAUGAAGCCCUCAACGGUGUCAAAUCGAAGGACGAACAGAUGAUCAAGAGCAUUUGUAGUUCGUUAGAUCUGGUGGCUAAUGGCAGACUAGGAUGUCUUGAGGCGGACAGUCUGGUUGCUCACACAUUCCUUUGCGAAGAGAUUGAUGGCUUGCUAAAGGAGGCUGUUGAUCAAACCUUUGUAGCAACCAUACGAGAGAAGGCACAGAAACAGAGGUUCACUCCUUCAGAAGACACUAGUCUUGACCUUGGAAAUAUCGCAGAAACAGAGGCUGAGGCUGCACUGGAUGGCAUACUGAAGGGCGCUUCCGAUGACACUUCUGCAGCAACCAUGGGAGAGGAAGCCCGGGAGAAGAGGUCCCAAUUGCCACAAACACUGGCCAGACCACAGUCCAUAAGUCAACCAAAACCAUGUGUCAUUAAGAGUGUAGCUCUACGUGACAAUUUUGAAGCGAUGACAAAAUACAACAAUAACUCAGUGGCAAUCACAUAUCGGAAGCCAAAUGAAAUUGAUAUCUUUAGUUCAGAUGAAGAUGUACCUUGGAAUUAUUCCCAAAUUCCAAACGGAAUGAAAUGUUUUGAUGUUGUAUUUCAAAGUGACAUGACUCUAUGCGUAUCUACAGGUCAUACAAAGGUACACAGGUAUUCUCGAAGUGGCGCUCGGAAAUCUACCACCGGAGUGAAAAGCAGUGGACAUUUUGUAAGGUUGAGUAGGAGUCAAUCAGAUGAAAUUCUCAUGACUCAACAUUCUAACUAUGUUUCCAUCUACGACCCCUCUGGAAAGACACUCAAACACAAUUUGCCAACUACACACGAAAUCACUUACCAGGCAUCUCCAACGAAGUCGGGUUUGAUCGUCACAAAUUGUUCUUUCAGGAAAACUAAAUACCCAAGGAUGGUGAUGGUGUAUGACAGGGACGGGAAUUCCGGGAGGUAUCUACAAUCUCCACAGGGUGUCCACCUGUAUCACGCCGUGGACGAGCAGGACAGGGUGUAUGUAGCGAGUUUUGAUCAAAACACCGGACAAGUGCUGAUCAGGCUCUAUGAACUUGAUGGUCUGAACCUGAAGGAGAGAGGACGGUUCAGUCCACAGUACGUGAAAGGCAUAUAA